AUACCAUUUUUGAAACUCAAAAAGUAGUACUUUCAACAAAGCUUCUAUCUCUCUCCUCUUCUCCUUUUCGUGCUCUUCGCCUUUCCCAACAGGACAUUUUUGUUAUGCAUGAACAAGGAUGGAGAAGAAUGAUAUGGGUAUUUGCUGGUUGUGGUGGUCUUUUGAGAUGGGAUUUGUUAUAUUAGGCUUUUGGGUUAUGUUAGUUUAUCAAUGCCGGUUUCGGGUUUAGGGUUUGAAGAGCUUUGAAUGUAUGCAUUUAUUCUUGAAAUCUGAUCGUUUCAGUACUGACAAGUAGCGACUUAUUUACUUUUGGUUCCAUGUAUCUUGUUGGACUGAAGUGAGUUGAUAUGGAUGGCCAGGUCUAAUUCCAGGUUCUAAUUUUCGGAGUUGGCUGGUGAAACUUCAAGCUGCAGCUGCGGUGGGUUUCAGGUGGACUUUAGGACUGAUAUAGUUGUUUUCGUAGAGUUUUCUUUUCUUUUCUUUUUUUUCCAGAAUUUGUGAAAAUAAAGUGGCUUAAGUAAGAGCAACUAUAUGGGAAUUCAGACAAUGGGGUCCCAAGGUGACAGUGGUAGUAAUGGCAAACAGUUGCAAUGUCAGCCGAUAACACGGCAAAAUUCGAUGUAUAGUCUCACGCUGGAUGAGGUCCAAAAUCAAUUGGGUGACUUGGGAAAACCUCUAAAUAGCAUGAACCUAGACGAGCUUCUCAAGAACGUAUGGACCUUGGAGGCCAACCAGACCUUGGGUAUGGAAACUGAAGGAACUGCGGUGACCAAUCAAACCUCUCUGCAACGUCAGGCGAGUUUGUCAUUAACUAGUGCUUUGAGCAAGAAGACAGUUGAUGAGGUUUGGAAAGAUAUUCAGCAGAAUAAAAUCGAUGGGGAAAAGAAAUCUAGAGAAAGGCAGCCUACCCUUGGAGAAAUGACAUUGGAGGAUUUUCUUGUGAAAGCUGGAGUUGUCACCGAAGCUUCUACUGAUGAAAAUGCCGGACCUCCUAUUGCUGGGGUCGAUCUUAGUGUUGCACCGCAGUUUGCACAACAAGGUCAGUGGAUGCAGUACCCGCAACAACCACAAUAUCAUCAUCCACAACAAAGUAUAAUGGGGGUUUAUAUGCCAGCCCAACCUAUGCCACAGCCUUUAGCCAUAGGGACUACUGGUGUAAUGGAUGUCUCUUACCCGGAAAACCAGUUGGCAUUGCCUUCGCCUUUGAUGGGGACAUUAUCGGAUACUCAGGCGUCUGGAAGGAAAAGAGGUGCCCAUGAGGACAUAGUUGAAAAAACUGUUGAAAGGAGACAGAAAAGGAUGAUAAAGAACAGGGAAUCUGCAGCACGUUCACGAGCUAGGAAGCAGGCUUAUACUAAUGAACUGGAGAACAAAGUCUCACGUUUAGAAGAGGAAAACGAAAGGCUGAGGAAACAGAAGGAGCUCGAUAAGAUGCUGCCAUCUGCACCACCGCCCGAGCCAAAAUAUCAGCUUCGUAGAACAUCAUCAGCCCCAUUCUAACAGUUCCCGCAGUGGGUAAUGUGGAAGUUAUUGCAUAUACAAACCAGCUGCUGGCUUCUGUUUCUAAGUUACAGUUGAGGCAUAAGUUAAAAAACCGAGCACCACAAUCUGCAAUGCAUCGUCCGGAGGCUGUCAUUGUUUCAUACGCCGUUGAUGGUUGAUUCCAACUUGUAAGAGUUUACUUUUUUUUUUUUUUUGGUCUUGUAUCUACUUUUUUUACUAUGAAAAUCAAUUCAAACUAGCAAUUUCAUGUUACCUUUGCUUACUGUCUCUAACCAUUAAAGUUGGUAAGGUUUGUCCCCAAAUGUGUAGUUUUGUGCCCUUUUUUUCCUCUCUUGAUAUGAGCAUAUAGCCAAGUUUAUGUUACAACAUACAGACACACACGUGCAUGUAUGUAUGUAUGUUUGCAUGCAUAGUUGAGAAAUACAUGCAAUUUGAAAA